UUGCGCCAUGUGUGCUGCUCGGCUAGCGGCGGCGGCGGCCCAGUCGGUGUAUGCCUUCUCGGCGCGCCCGCUGGCCGGCGGGGAGCCUGUGAGCCUGGGCUCCCUGCGGGGCAAGGUACUACUUAUCGAGAACGUGGCGUCCCUCUGAGGCACCACGGUCCGGGACUACACCCAGAUGAACGAGCUGCAGCGGCGCCUCGGACCCCGGGGCCUGGUGGUGCUCGGCUUCCCGUGCAACCAGUUUGGGCAUCAGGAGAACGCCAAGAACGAAGAGAUUCUGAAUUCCCUCAAGUACGUCCGGCCUGGUGGUGGGUUCGAGCCCAACUUCAUGCUCUUCGAGAAGUGCGAGGUGAACGGUGCGGGGGCGCACCCUCUCUUCGCCUUCCUGCGGGAGGCCCUGCCAGCUCCCAGCGACGACGCCACUGCGCUUAUGACCGACCCCAAGCUCAUCACCUGGUCUCCGGUGUGUCGCAACGAUGUUGCCUGGAACUUUGAGAAGUUCCUGGUGGGCCCUGACGGUGUGCCCCUACGCAGGUACAGCCGCCGCUUCCAGACCAUUGACAUCGAGCCUGACAUCGAAGCCCUGCUGUCUCAAGGGCCCAGCUGUGCCUAG